AUGGCCUUUCUAAUAUCCUGGUCCAUAUUAACUAUCUAUUUAGUUCUUAAUUCAAUUGGCUUGUCCAUUUGCGAUUUGGAAACUGAAAAUGGAAAUGGCAGUGCAGUUAAUUUUCCAGAUCUCAAUAUAGAUGAGAUGGUCGCAUUUCUAAAGUCUGCCAUAACCAACAUAAGCACCUACCUCGACGUUACCUUCACUGCAAAGCCCUCAAAUUGUCUGCAAGUCCAAUGUCGUUUCACCUGUUUUAAUGGGCGACAAAAUCAAAUAGUCGAUGAUAUCACAAAUGCCAUGGCAAAAACGAAUAAUACGGAAGCUUGCCAAGUAAUUGAUGAAUUACGUCUAUAUAGCUAUGAUUUUCCCGAUGCCACGAUACCUGUUGGAUUUCUAUCGACAUAUGGAGACAGAGUUAAAAAUCUCUAUAUAGGUAUCUCAAAUGUGUCAAAAAUUGAAGAUGGAGCCUUCGGUGGCGGCAUCUUUAGUCGCAUAACCCUGGAAGAUCUAGAAUUGGAGGAAAUAGGCAAAGGCUUUUUUGCAGAUAUCUCGUCUUAUUUCAAAAGCCUCACAAUUAGACAGCAUGAUGUACGUCUGAGUUGUAUAUAUCCCGAUUUUAUGGACAAUGUAAAAUAUCAAAUCGAAUAUCUUGGUCUACAAAUUGGAAUGGAGUACUUAAAGUAUUUGGACAUAUCCCACAAUAAACUGGUGACGAUAUCGAAAAAUAUAUUUGGACAUCGCGAUAUAUCGAGAGAUUUGCAUAUAUUUGCUAACGAUAACUUUUGGCAUUGCGAUUGUGAGUUGGUCCAGGAAAUGAAUACGAUUUUUGCCUAUCACUCUGCUGUUGUUCUGCCCUGCCGAACACCCGAAGAAUAUAAGGAUUGGUCUGUAUUCGAUACACGGAUUUGCGAUGGUGGUGAUGACUCGCCCACAAUCAAUCCAACCAUUCAGAGCACAACCAUUAAAGAGGAGACAACAACGAUAACCACUACCACAUCGACCACAACGUCUAGCUCCAUGUGGAUACCAACUUUGCCAACAUCUGGUACUCCAUCGCCGAAUGAAGUUAUCACCCUGGAGUGUAGCUCAUCAACUAACAAUAGGGCUCUUUCCAGAACCAGCCAGAAUAUAUGGUGGCCACAUGUUGAAUUUUAUCCAAAAUUAUUUGGCCAACUUACGGUUAAAGUGACCGUUAAGUCCUAUGAUGAAGAUGAUGAUACUACGUAUGGAUUAUUUUGGUUUUCAAAGACCACAAAGGAGUACUACAUGAUGGAAAUAAUGCCAGCUGAGUUUGGUUUAGGAUGCUAUUUUACUAUGCCACUGCAGACAAUUGUGACCGAACUGGUGCCCAAUGUGGCUUACACAUUUUGCUUGGUCGACUCGCAACAGACGAAUGUUUCGCCCUUCAGUUGUAAAUCGGUGCAUGUGGGCAGUAAUCUGGAGACCUAUUACAAUACCUGGAUAACAAGUAAUGUUUCAUCCAAGGGAAUAUCAUUAAUGAUCCUUGGCGUGGUUUUCUUUACAUUCCUGGGAAUGAUAACUGUAUUUCUUAUCCUGAGGCAUAAACCCGUUUGGCUAAAAGGAAGCAAACGUGUAAUGAAACCCAAAUGCAGUUCUGGACAAAUUGUCGUCUUACCACGUGGCAAUACAGUGGACAAACUAAAGCGAAAAGAAAAUGUCAUUUCCCAUUGCAAAACGAAUAGAACUUUUUCAUGCAUUUCACGACAAAAUUCCUCGGAAAGCUUAGCCAGCAGUGGCAGCUAUAUGAAUGCAAAUCUCUAUGAAGUUAUUCCGGCCUAUAUGACAUUCGAAGAGUUUGCACCUCCUGUAACUGCAAUGGAUAGCAGUUUUGAAAUCUACGAUACUUGCACCUGGAAAGCACCAUUAGAAGAGCCUUCUGAUGUCAGAUAUGCCCAAAUACCACCGCGAACAAAACGCAUUUCCAGUGAUCCGCUACCGGCGAUUCCCACAGACGUAACCGAAGGUCCUUUGUCGGUGCGAGGUCUGGAGAAUGCAAAUCAUAAAGUUAAUGAGUUAAUUACUUUAUUGUGA